AGAACAAAGUGUCCUGUAGUCGUACUUUGACUUCUGAAAGAAACAGGUGUGGCGACAGAUCUAUUGGAAACGAUCCGUCAAAACUUCAAGACCAGAACAUUACUCAAUUUAAUUGUUUUCACCGAAGAACAGUAGGAUGUUGUUCGAAGCGGAGUCGGGUCAGUCACUCAAGGUGCUGGCUGCUAUAGGCGCUGUCACGGUGACGUUUCAGCUUUUGAAAUUGUCUUGGGGUGUCUGGUGCGGUUUCCGUAGUUAUGUCUUGUCAGCCUACUGGAAAACCGAUCUAAAAGUUUAUGGACAAUGGGCAGUGGUAACCGGAGCAACCUCGGGGAUAGGGAAGGCCUACGCCAUCGAGCUUGCCAGAAGGGGUCUGGACCUGGUUCUGAUCAGCAGGUCGGAAAAGAAGCUAUCUCUCAGUGCAGUGUUAAUGUAUUGUACUGUCUUGUUACAGAUCUUCAUUACCUAUUUCUCCAGGGGUCUGAAUGCAGAAUACAGGUCUCGUGGUAUUACAGUGCAGUGUGUUGCCCCCUUCAUGGUCUCCACCAACAUGACCCACAACAUGCCGCCCAGCAUGCUGGUGAAGGACGCGGGCGAUUUUGCACGGGAGGCGCUCAGCACAGUGGGGCACAGCACCUUCACCAGCGGCUGCCUGUCUCACGCCCUGCAGCACAUCGCUCUGUCCAUCUUCUUCCCUGGAUGGUACCGGCUGUCCAGCCUGUGCAUGAGACUGACGGAGAGCUACGCCAGCAGCACGCGGCAGUCGAUCGAGGAGAUGAUGGUUCAAGCAGCUAAGAAAGAGGAGUGAUGGAGGGAGUGCAGGAGGCCGGCUGGAGCCUUGGGUUAUUAGUGCUGCACACGCCCAGUCUGGGAGCCUCAACUGUGUUUCUUACGCUUCGGCCCUCUUCCUCGAACCCUGUGACUGCACACAGGGGAGAGUGACUCCUGCUAAGCCCCGCCCACCCUGCUGCCCCUCAAGCCAAUCACAGGCUGAAACACAUCACAGGUUCCUCCACCCUUUCCCAGAGGAUCAGCGCGGAUUGGAGGACAGUGGUGUCCCUCACCAACUGCCCUGUGUGCCUGCACAUGUCCAGGUGGGGGCGCCGCACCACUUAGAGCUCUUACUGUCUAUCCCAGUCUAUCGUCUCUGGUGCUCAGGCAGGGUUGCCACUGCUUGGGGAAUCCCAGUCACACGAGUUGUUUCCCCCGGGGGGGGGGUGUCUGAACUUUGAUCUGAUGUAUGGUGUGGUGGUGGUGGUGAUGGAAAUAAGGAUGUAAGCUCUUCCAGCUGGGAUAAGAAACGACACCACUAGACUGGUAAGUAUAGGGAAGAGCAGACAGCUGGAUGGAAUGACUCAGCGCUGGGCUGGUGGGAGGAGUGAACAGCAGAAGAGAGCAGGGGAGGAAGACCAACAAGACGGAAGACACCAGGGGGGAGAGUAAUGUUUGACAUCACAUGAACACUCAUCACUAUCAGAUCUGUAGCCGCUCUAAAGCCACUUGUUUUAGCUAAUCCGCAUUUUCAUCAGAAGAGGAGUCAUGAACAAAAAAAAAAAUCAGUUUUUCUUUAAUUUGUUUUGGACAUUUUACACUGCUAGAUGACAAAAAAAACAAUUCCUUUAUUCUUAAAAUCUGUGUGUCUAAAUCAUUAUCGGUUGAUGGUGAAUCUUUUAAAAAUCCUUGAAGACAUUUUUUUGUCUUGCAUUUGUUUUCCUCAUGUACAAACAGUGGAAGCUGGUAUUAUCACUAUGUUGUGUGCCAUUAAAAAAACUGUUUCAGUAA